AUGGCUGCUCUUUUGUGUCGUGUGGGGGUCCGAGCUUCCAGCUGUCUCUUGUCCUCCUCUUCCAUGUUAAACUAUACUGAAGAAGGUCACAUCUUAUUAGGAAUGAUCGGCCCUGUAAAUACAGCUUCCGUUCAAUCCAUCAUAACCUUCACAGCUGAGCCACCUCCUCAUACAUGUGACUUGUUUAGGAGAGACCAGUACAAGUCCAUUCUUGCUUUGCUCCUUGCCACAAAGGAGAUCAAUCAAAACUUAUUUCUGCCAAAUAUUACCCUGGGGUUCUACAUGUUUGACUCUUGUUUCUCUGCGGCAACGUCUCUGAAGGCAACACUGCAAGUUGUGACAGGAGCCAAGAAUCCUGUGAGCUAUGCUGCGUCUCUCCCAAAUUUAAGCAACAAAGAAGAGUUUCCAUCCUUCUUGAGGACAGUAGUCAAUGUUGACAGCCAACCGCAAGCUCUCAUUGACUUGUGUCGUACACUUGGGUGGACUUGGAUAGGUAUACUUAUCUCCUCAACAGACUAUGGUACACAAGGUGGGAUUGCCCUUAAAAAAGUGGCUGCCAACAGUGAGCUCUUGCAUUACAUGAAGAGAGUUGAUUUUGUUAACACGGCUGGAGAGGAGGUCUCAUUUGAUGAUAAAGGAAAUAUCCAUGGGUAUUUUGACAUACUGAACUGGAAUCUGAUGGGAAACAAAGGUCAAUAUACAAAAGUAGGAACCUACAAUGAGUACAUUACCAGUGGCCCAAAACUUUUCAUUAACACCACUGCCAUCCAGUGGCCGGGAGGACUAGGCAAGGUGCCAAGCUCUGUCUGCAGUGAUGACUGUCCUCCUGGCUACAGGAAGGCACCAAGGAGAGGUCAGCCUGCCUGCUGCUUUGACUGCGUGAUGUGUCCAGAAGGGAUGAUCUCCAAUGAGACAAAUUCUGUUGACUGUCAACCAUGUCCAGAGGACCAGUGGCCCAACAGUAGGAGAACCAAAUGCAUUCCUAAGGUCAUUGAGUUCCUAUCUUACGAGGAACCACUUGGUCUAGUGAUGGCCACAUGCUCUGUUUUGUUCUUUAUCAUCACUGUGAUGGUGCUGUGCAUAUUUCAUAAUUUUCGGGAUACAGCCAUGGUAAAAGCCAACAAUAGAAACCUCAGUUACCUUAUCCUUUUGUCCCUAAAGUUUUGCUUUCUUUGCUCACUAAUGUUCAUUGGCUGCCCCACCAAACUGACCUGUACUGUCAGACAAUCUCUUUUUGGAAUCACAUUCUCAGUUUGUGUCUCAUGCAUCUUGGCCAAAACCAUCAUAGUUGUCAUUGCCUUUAAAGCCACCAAACCGGGGAGCAAUCUGAGGUUGUGGGUUGGUUUCAAGACAGCUGGUCUUGUUGUUACAUUCUCAACUGCCUUUCAGAUAGUCAUUAUCUUGGUGUGGUUGGCUAAAUUUCCACCUUUUCUGGAACAUAAUCACCAAGUCUUGGUUGGUACCAUCCUUCUAGAAUGUAAUGAGGGCUCAGUGGUCAUGUUUUACUGUACAAUAGGGUACCUGGGUGUCUUGGCUGCUGUAAGUUUUGUGGUUGCUUUCCUGGCCAGGAACUUACCAGACAGUUUUAAUGAAGCCAAAUACAUUACCUUCAGCAUGCUGACCUUCCUUAGUGUCUGGUCAACUUUCAUUCCAGCCUAUCUAAGCACAAAAGGCAAAUACAUUGUUGCAGUUGAGAUUUUUUCAAUUUUGCUGUCGAGUUUUGGACUCUUGUGUUGUAUAUUUGCUCCAAAAUGUUAUAUAAUUCUUUUAAAACCUUCAAUGAAUACAAGAGAGUUUUUAAUGUCUAAAAACAAAUAA